AUGAUCGAUCUUGUCCGCCUGUCGGCUGCUGACCUUCAAAAUCUUCAGGCUACAGGAAGAUUGACCAGCACGGAGCUGGCCAAGCUUACUUUACAACAGAUCGACAAGUAUGACAAAAAGGGACCCCAGCUUCGUGCCAUGAUAGCAAUCGUGCCAGAGAACAUAAUCCUAGAGAGAGCAGCAUUCUUGGAUGAGGAAAGACGUGCAGGCAGAGUACUUGGGCCUUUGCAUGGCAUUCCGAUCCUUUUGAAGGAUAUCAUCAACACCCCGCCGGAGUGGGGAAUACUCACUACGCAAGGGUCUUGGGCACUGGAAAAGUCCGUCCACAAAGCACAGGCCCCUCUCGUUCAGAAGCUUCUAGAUGCGGGCGUUAUAAUCAUCGGUAAAACAAGCGUGACGGAAUUUGGCUCUGCUAAGUAUAUUGUCUCCCAUCCAAUUCUGAACAGCAGCUCUUACAAUGUAAUAGGGGACCAGAAGGCGUUGGUGGCUUGUCUGCUAUCAACGGUCAGAGCCAGUCUGCAUAUGUCGAAGGUUUUGUCGAGCGCAGUGAUGAACCCUUUGCCCAUAAAGCGAAAUCCUGGAGGUUCUUCUACCGGAUCUGCAGUCGACGUUGCAGCUGGUUAUAGUCCAGUAUCAAUUGGCGGCGAAGCAAAUGGCUCCAUCCAGACUCCAGCCAGUCGAUCGAACUUGUACGCAUUGAAGAUCACCCCCCAAACACUGUCCACAGAAGGAAUCUUCCACAUUGUGCCUACUGUCGAAUCAUUAGGCGGCAUGGCAAAAACAGUUACGGAUUUGGAGCAGGUGACGAAAGUCAUUUUUCAGACUGCGAAGACGCCGGUGAACUUGAAGGUUGAUCAUUCCAAAACAUGGAAAGACUACAAGCUAGGAUUUGUCGACCCCCAAAAAUGGCGACUUCCUUCAGAUCUAUUCACAGCAACAGAUGAUUACCGCCAUCAAAUCGACACGGCCUACAAUGCAACCCAGGAGAAGAUCAAGGGACUUGGUGGAACUGUCGUAUACCCAGUUGAUCCUCCUCAUCCUUCGACAAUCGAUGGUGGAUUCCUAGCUAUCGUCAACGGUGAAUUCCGCGACACUGUGGAUGCAUAUCUUCAAAAUCUGGCUUCUUCUGAGAUGAGAUCUCUUGCAGAUAUCAUUCAGUUCAACAAAGACCACCCCGAGUUGCAAGCUGGCAUAAGUCAACCAUGGUUCAUUGGCCCACAGGAAUUUCAACAGACACCCGAGGAGUACGCCAAAGUGAAGAAGCAAGUCCACGAGGAUGCCGCUGAGAAAGGUCUGUAUCGAAUCAUGGACGAAUUGUCGCUUGAUAUCAUCUGUUCUCCUACAGACGGACCAAUCUGUGAGAUCUCUGCCAUGGCAGGUACGUUACUACCCGCUCCAAGUUCUGUAUCUACGCAACCAUUCUACAUGAUGGUACCAACCUCAGCAAUUACAGGCGCCCCUACUGCUACAGUACCUCUCGGUAUUCUCGAGCCAAGCGGUCGACCGUUCGGUUUGACCUUCGUUGGAAGACCAGGCUCGGAGGCCAAAUUGUUGGAACUUAUGUACCUAUAUAAGGCUGCUGCUCCCCAGCGAAAGCUACCUACUCUGGUAGAGUAACGACUUAGUCCAUUCGAGUUCUUCAUAGACAGCCCAACAUCAUUGAUCGUUCAAUCCAUAGACCAAGAAGUGAAGCUUUAAGUGACAGACGUAAUAAAAGAACGUGGCGCAAUAAUAUUUCGAGACAAGACUCAAGAAAGGCUGAUCUCUCCUCACCAAAACAAUCCCGUUUCCCCUAACAGCAAUCUCCCACCAAAACAAACACAAACACCAUCCCCAAAGAUUGAAGCCUCACUCACAACUCCUCCUCCUCCUCCUCCUCCUUCUCAAACAACAAUAACCCUCCCCUCCACAUCCCUCG